AUGCCACCAACUGAUGCACUAAAUAUCCCAAGUUAUGGUAUGCUUUUACUUGAACAUCAAGCCAAAAUCAAGACUAAUGCCGUCAGUUUUGUAAUCCUUCAGAAUGAACGGCCAGCAGGAGGAUUAUAUAUCGACCAAUCUUGUAAUGGUCUUUUUUUGUGUCACCGGCCUUCUGAUUGUAAUAAUGAAACUCGUUAUAUUUACAAUCCUUCAACAAGACAUUACAGAAUGAUUCCUCAACCACCUCCAUUCUUAGAAGAAACCAAUUGUAGUUCUUUUGAUUGGCAAUUCUAUUUAGCUUUCAGUCCAAGCAAAUCACUUUAUUAUGAAAUUGUAUUUCUUUGGAAAAAUUGUCGUGUAAAUCCUCAUGAACAUCAGAUGGCAGUCUAUUCUUCGAAUACAGGCUUAUGGAGACUCUGUGGAUAUGUUAUGCUUGAUUUUAAAGUCCGUACCUGCCGUUGUGUUUUCUGGAAUGGCUAUUUGAAUUGGAUUGGGAGAGGCCGUACUUUAUAUUACUUCAAUAUUGCUAAACAAGUACUAAAAACGUCUCUGCUUAGCGAUGAAACACAAAAACAUUGGGGUGUACAAGAUUAUUUUGGAGAGUGCACGGGUCAUAUGUAUCUCAUGUUACGUGAGAAAGUUUGGCCGUCCAAUAGCACAUGUAUCUUUGAGAUGGAGAUUGAUUACAGUGGGUGGAAACCAAUAUGUCAGGUGGAACUAGGCGGAUUCGCAAAUAAGAAUGGAAUGGUGACGCUUUCGGCUUAUUUCCGUAUAUUAAAGGUAGUUGUGGAAGGUGAUGGUGAUGAAGAUGAGCUGAAGGUUUUGAUACUUUUACCUGGCAAAGACAAACCUGGAGAAGACAAGAUUGUAUGUUAUGAUCUCAAGACAAAUAGUUUUGAAGAGAUUUGCAAUUGUCGGAUGGAUCAGUUUGAUCAGUAUUUACAACCUGCAUAUAUUGGAUCAAUUUCUAAUGUUUGA